AUGGAGUCUGAGGGAGUAUCACGACCGUUGAUCCACGAGCAUGUUAUGGUGCCUUGGAAUGAUCUGGGGAAAGGUGAUUGUUGUGGACGCUUCCAAGGUAUCAGUGAUGGCUAUUACUGCAAAAUAUGUGACUUCUUUGUUCACAAGAACUGUGGCGACUCCUCUGAAUGUAUCCAGCACCCAUCUCACCCUGCUCACACUCUUAAGCUUGUAACUAAAAGAGAUCGGUUCUGUGAUUUAUGUGGAAGGUUUAGUGAUAUAUUUUAUCAUUGUGAGAUCUGUGACUUCGACGUGGAUAUAUACUGUGCAAGGUACCCACCACCAGAGGUUCUUGACAUUUCCGAGACUCACCACCACAAGCUCACCCUUCUCAAGAAGUCCCCAAGUUCCGAGAACACGGACCUGAACCGGUUCGAUUGCGCAAAAUGUGGGUUCGAGUUCGAAGCUGAAGGUGGGUUUCCUUACAUAUGCCAUGAAUGUGAUUUAGCUCUCCAUGUGGAUUGCAUAUGGAUUCCGCCUGAGGCAAAACUCCUGUCAAAGGUAAACCACUCAUACCAUCCUUUACACCCUCUUAAGCUCCACAUAGGUAAGCCACCGGACUACUCUGAUGGAAAAUGUCGUCUUUGCGCAAGAGAGAUUGAUGAUAGACUCUUUUAUCAUUGUUCUGCUUGUAACUUCAGUUUGGAUAUGCGUUGUGUGUUCAACACACCACAACAAUCUGUUAUGGAUUUGAAAGUUCACGCUCACCAACUCACCCUUCUCCCAAGACUCGACUCUUUUACAUGUAAUGCUUGCGGGCUGAAGGGAGAUCGAAGCCCUUAUGUAUGUUUUCAGUGUGGUUUCAUGAUACAUCAAGAGUGUUUUUCCCUUCCGCGCGUUAUAAACAUCAAUCGGCAUGAUCACCGUGUUUCUCGCACUUCUGUUCUUGGUAUUGUGAAUUCUGUAUGUGGAGUUUGUCGUCAGAAGGUGGAUUGGAUUUGGGGCGGAUACUCUUGUCAGAGGUGUCCUCAAUAUGUCGUUCAUUCGAAAUGUGCUACGAGAAAGGAAGUUUGGAAUGGGAAAGAACUGGAAGGAGUGCCUGAAGAGACAGAAGAUAUAGAACCAUAUGUGAAAAUAGAUGACAACACAAUACAACAUUUCAGCCACAAAGAGCAUUAUCUAAGAUUCCACGAUAAUGGUCUUCUUUUGGAGGAAGACAAACGGUGCAGCGCUUGCACCCAUCCCAUUUGUCUCCAAGCCUUCUAUGGUUGUAUCGAUUGUGAUUUCACUCUUCACCAAAACUGUGCUAAAUCUCCCAGAAAGAAAUGGCAUGUGUUACACAAUGACCGUCUUACUUUGGUGACAAGCGUGGCUGAUGAUUACUUUCAUUGUCACGCUUGUUGUAGAAUGUCCAAUGGUUUCAUGUACCAGUGUGGGUAUAUGAAGUUAGAUGUUCUGUGUGGUUCAGUUUCAGAGCCUUUUGUCCAUCCAAGCCAUCCGCAACAUCCUUUAUAUUACAUUCCAUCAGAGGAACGACACAAAUGCCAUGGUUGCAACAACAAUAGGUUAUCAUCUCCUAUGCUUACGUGCAUUGAAAGUGGUUGUGGAUAUGUCUUAUGCUUCCAUUGCGCUACUUUACCACAAGUGGUAAAGCAUAGAGUAGACGAUCAUCCUCUUUUACUAUUCUAUGGCGAAGAGGCAAAAGGCAAAUACUGGUGUGACAUUUGUGAGAAAGAAAUGUAUCCAAAGAUAUGGUUCUACACGUCUAAAGAUGACAGAGCUAGUUUGCAUACACAGUGCGUGAUGGGAGAUUUUUCAGGGAUCAUGCCAGGAACCACAAUAAAGUUUUUUAGCGAAUCAUAUGAGGUGCUUCUCAACAAUAGUAUAUCUCGUCCAGUUUGCAGCGUGUGUGAGUUACGUUGCAUUGUUCCUAUCAUCUUGAAGAGACUAAGUGGAACCUCAGAUCUAUACAUUUGCUCUUUCCACUGCUUAUAUAAGGAAAAAAGAUACCUACCUAAAUGAAAUAUGCUACAAUACAUGAUCACACA